AUGUUAGAAGAUAAAAAUUCAAACAGUCAGAUAAGGGGCAAUGACUCAAGCAAUUUAGAAGAAAUAAAGGAUAGCAAUCAGAUGAGGAUAGAUGAUGCUGGUUCAGAAGAAUCUGAUUGUUUUUCAGACUAUAAUGAUGAAAACCCUUUUAUUGAAGCAUUACCAAAAGAAACUAUAAAGUCCAAUAUAAUAGCUGAAGAUUGCUUAAAUAUUCAGCCCAGCAGAGGUAUAUAUCCCGAUCAAUUUACACUUGUUCCAAUGAAAGAUGACGGAAACUGCUUGUACAGAUCUAUUUCUUAUAUACUUUCAAAAUCUCAAGAAGGCCACAUCAAUAUAAGAAAUAUGAUUGCUGAAGCAAAUGAAGAGAAUUAUGAUAAUCAGGUAUGAAUAAAGUUAUAUAGAAUAUCUGUUUAA